AUGUCAUCGGAAUCCUCUCACGAUGAUCCCAAACAUGAAGCACUAGAAGCUGAUGCAAUGAGGAAGUUGGCUUUCUUCGGUAUCGCUAUCUCCACAGUUGCCACGUUGACAGCAAUUAUGGCAGUUCCGAUGCUUUACAACUACAUGCAACAUGUACAAUCGGCUCUACAGUCUGAAGUAGAUUUUUGUCGUCAUCGUACUAAUGGUUUAUGGGAUGAGUAUAAUAAGUUCGAGACUGUUGCUGGAGUUCGUGGACGUAUUAAACGUGCCACCUAUCAAAAAUCCAACGGUGUCACUGGUCGUCUGGCACAUCGGCGUCGUGCAGUUGCUCGCGGAGCAUCUAGUUACGAUGGUGGAUACAACGAUGACGUUGCAGUUGGAGGAGGCGGAGGCGGGCCAGCGUGUUGUUCGUGUGGUGUUGGACCACCAGGACCUCCAGGGCAGCCUGGAACUGAUGGAAAUCCUGGAAACGACGGGUCGCCGGGAAAUCCAGGAACUCCAGGACAAGAUGCUAUUGGUGAUGAGUCUCCAACUGCCGCAGACUUUUGUUUCGAUUGCCCAACUGGUCCACCAGGACCACCUGGAAGGCCAGGACCUAAAGGACCAAAUGGAGAACCAGGAGCACCUGGUAGCCCAGGAGGAAACGCGUUACCAGGACCUCCAGGACCACCAGGGCCACAAGGUCCACCAGGAGCGGAUGGACUACCAGGUAACCCUGGAACUCCUGGAGCACCAGGACAAGUAAUCGAAGUUCCCGGAACGCCAGGACCAGCUGGACCACCAGGACCACCAGGACCAAUCGGCGCGCCUGGACAGCCAGGAGCACCAGGGAACUCUCAACCAGGGCCACAAGGACCUCCAGGAGAUCCUGGAAUCGAUGGAGCUCCAGGAAAUCCAGGAUCUCCAGGAGAGCCAGGACCACCAGGACAACCAGGAACUGGAGGAGGAUGCGAUCAUUGUCCACCACCAAGAACAGCCCCUGGAUACUAG